AUGUCCUCGUUAAUCGAUAGCGGUGCACACUUCAAAAGGCGUGCGGAUGAGGUCGGCCUCAGCAGUGCCGGGUGGACGAUCCUUCAGGCCCUUGGCAUUACCUCUGUAGGUAAGGCGGCGUACACCAUCACGUCGCCAGGUGAGCCAGUCACGGAACCCAUAUUCCGAGAUUGGGUUGCCGACAAUGCUGCAGGUAUGACUCUGGGUGAUCAAUCAUGCUUGAAAAGGCUCGUGUUCGAGUCCCAGACUCUGGUCGUUGCUGAGUUGCGCGACCAAGUAUCCGGGUCUCAAUCAUCUGCCCCUCGUCGUGUUCCCGAGGCUGAGCGCGACCGAAGACUGAACGAUCUUAGGGCGGCCCUCCCAGGCAUCACGCUGGAAGGCGUGAACAUGCCAAGCAAUGCCCUGUUGGAUUCAUGUUGUCAGCAAGAGCGAGACAACUUGCUUAAGUACAUCCCGCCUGAGAAGGCCACGAGCCGCACCCAUGAACUCACGAAUCCCAGACCGACCCAUCAAGCGCUGCAGGUCGAAGCAUCCAAGAUAGUUCUCAAGAGUGACGCUGAUGCUGUUGAGUAUCAACCGGUCAAUGCGCUCCAGACCAUGGAGGCCCUUCGGCGACGAGGUUUGGCCAUGGUGUUUGCACAGAUGAUUUCAUAUGAUGCCUACGAUCGGUAUGUGAAUCGUCUCUUUAACCACCUGUCCCGUGACCCGCCGCCCGGGCUCAAUCGCGUGAAUGUGACACAAUUGGUUAACGCUGACAAGCAGGUGUUUGCACUGCUGGCCGAAUGGGGUAUCAAACCAAGGAGGGAUACCGCAGGCGAGUAUCCCCUUGACCGAGAGAUGCACCGCGCUUUGGAAUCCUACGAGGUGUCCAUUGCCCUCAUGCACCAGGCCGGUGGCCUUUGGAUCGAGGGAGCUGGUGAGGAGGUUUGUCCUGACCCAGGGCAUCCCGAUGCCAAGGGGCAUGUUCUGCAACUGCAUGAGCCGAUCCAGUUCGAUGCGCACCGGCUGCAUGCGACAUGCCCGUGGACAGGAAACCGCACUGUGCUAGCAGCUUUCGUAAUCAAUGAUUUCCACAAGUUGGAUGCUCAGCACCGCCAGCUUCUUCAGCACAGUGCCUUUCGCUUGCCAAGCCUGUCUACUGGCGAGCUCCUGCCUUUGCGCCCAAGCAUCGCUUCGCGAUUCCCAGUGGUCCUUGAAAUUUUUGCGGGUACAGCUCGUGUGACCGCAGCCUUGCGUCGCUGUGGCUUUGUCGGGGCCCAAGGUGUUGAUCACGUGGUCGUGGAUCAUGCUGCCUGUCCUGUGCUGUUGGCCGAUCUGACUACGCAAGAGGGCCAGCGUUUGACAAUGAUGUGGCUUUCCAGCCCUCAUGUUGUGGGUGUCUUCAUCGCUCCACCGUGUGGCACCAGCUCUCGCGCCCGGGAGAUUGCACUCCCUGGGCCUUCCCCCGCCCUGCUGCGAUCACUCACUUUUCCCGACGGGCUGCCCCAUCUGUCUGGUCUCAACCUGGUGCGCGUCAACAGGGCUAAUCAGCUGUACCACUUUACGACUACCAUCUGUGCUGAGGCCCAUCACCGCAACCUCAUCAUUGCCGUGGAAAAUCCGCGGAGUAGUCUCUACUGGUCCACCAGCUUCUGGGCUGCUGCGGCCUCCUUUUGUCCUAUGCAUACUGAUUUUCAACACUGUGCCUUUGGCGGUCGCCGGCCCAAGUGGACUCGCCUUCGCCACAACCACCAAGCCUUCCAUGCUUUGCAUCGCGUCUGUCCCGGCGGUGCCUGUGCUGCCCAACAUUUGCCGUGGGGUCGUUCUGAAGACGGCUCCUUUGCCACCGCCAGUGAAAGCGCUUACCCGCCGCAGCUAGCCACCGCCAUCGCUCAAUGCUUCGCUCGAGCAGUUACUUUUCUGCCUGAGGCCGAGCCCUCCCUUGCAGCCAUGAGGGCCACUUCCGGCCUUCAGCCCAAGGCUUCUGCUGUGCCGCCUCUUGUCCCCGAGCACAUAGCUGUGCUUGUAAUGACUGGCCCAAGUGAUGCCACUUCCUUGCCGACCCUUCGCGCCCGACUGCCCGAGCCGUGGUCUGACUCGCGCUUCGCGCCUGCUGGGCCCGUGCCAGCCCACAGUCAAUUACUCCGAGCGGAUAAGAAGGGAAGUGAUCGACUUGAAUUGGCUUGGGGCAUAUCUUGGUCUCCAGAAGAGUUCAUACAUAAAGCGGUUCAAGCGGGACAUCCCAAAAAGUUUGACUCGCUACUGCCUUCCGCACUGAGCCACAGCAUAGACGUAAAUGCAAAAACAACGCCGGCCGAUAGAGCCGGCCUCAGAGCCGAAUGGUUUGCAAAGUGGACCAAACGUGCAGCUGAACUUUCGGGGGACGAAAAGAAGCUCAAGAGCUCUCUCCCCGAGUACGCCAGGAAGAUCGUCCUACCAAAAAGGAUUUUAUUGUGGCGUGAGAUUCUAGAGGAUCUCAAAUAUCCUGACAUUGGAGUGCUGGACGAAAUGAUUGAAGGAGUGCACUUGACAGGUCAGACCCCUUGUACAGGGGUCUUUCCUGGGGCCUUUAAGCCAGCAAAAAGGACUUCGGAACAGCUGCGCUCCAAAGCUAGUGAGUCCCGCCAGAAGAUCAUCGAUGCGAUCAAAUCGCAGGGCCACCUGGAUGAAGCGCUAGAGCAAAAGGUCGACGAAGAAGUGGAACUCGGCUGGUUGUCCGAGCCGAUAGACCCGGCCGAUUUGCCGGAAGACGCCACAAUCAGCAGGAGGUUUGCAAUCGAGCAGUCAGGUAAGAUUCGCUUGAUAGACGACCUGAGUGAUAGUGGUGUUAAUGGGUCUGUCCAAACCACCGAGAGCCCCAAACCUCAAUCCCUCGAUGUGGUGGCCGCCGUGGCCCUGGCCUGUCUUAGACAGCUGCCUGGGACUCCCAUGCUAGGGAAGACUUAA